GUGGAGGGGUGAACCGGGGAAGGGACUUAGGGAGACUAGAGAGAGAGAGAGAGAGAGAGAGAGAAAAAGAAGCCAUGGAUGGUAGGGGAGGUUGCUGCAUCGCACAGUACGCAGGGGGUGCAUACGAUACGUCGAAAGUCGAUCGUAUAAUGCUGAGAUUUCGGCCGAUCGCGCCUAAACCGGUUGCCGGAGGGGCUGUUUCCGGAAGCUCUAAACUGGAGAAAAACGUCGAUAGUGUGUAUAAGGCGGGGAGAUCGAAGAGGAGGUACGUGAGAGAGAACAACAAAAGAUGUAAUAGGAAGAGAAGGGUAUUAUCGGAAGAGAAGAAGGAUGAGGAUGGUGGUUCGGAGGAAACUAGCGUUGUAACGCUGUUACCUCUUCUACCCGAGAUGCCGGACCGGAAGGAGACACCCGUAAGGAACAACUACUACUCAUACUCAGCACCGUCUGAUCUCGAUCUGAAGGCAGCGGCACCAACAUCAGCCAUAUCAAGUCCGGUCCAACAAAAUCCACCACCGAUCUGGCUGAAUUUCAACAACGGUCCAACAAAAAGGUCUGACCGGGAGGAUGGAUAUGGUAGGAUGGUGGUGAUGCCACAGCCUGUAAGGCCGGUGGGGUCGUUGGUGACGGUGGAGAGGGUGACGGAAGGGUAUGUGGAUGGGGAAGAAGGUUUGGGGUAUACAGAUGAGGAGAGAAGGAAGAAUCUGGAGAGGGACACGUGUCCAGGGUUCAUAUCAGAUGGUGUGAAUAGGGUGGAGUGGACGAACGAGGCGUACAGGAAAAUGAUCGGAGAAGGGGAUGAGAGGGAGAUGAGAGAGGGUGAUCUUCAUCAGAUAGUGUGGCUGGUGAUGAAAGAGAGGUUGCCUUUGAUGUAUACGGCAUUUGCAUGUCGGGUGAGACUGCAGUAUACGUGUAGGAAGGAGAGGCACUCUCUGACGGUGCCUUGUGAUGUGUGGAGAAUGGACGGUGGAGGCUUUGCAUGGAGGUUGGACGUCAAGGCUGCUCUGUGUUUGGGUCGGUAAACCGGCUAAAAGAUGAAGAAGACGAAGAUGAAAGGAAACAAAGCAAAAGCA